AUGAAAACUCCCGUUGUGGAGGCAUCCCCCAGGGAGAAUAGUAUGUUUGAAGGAUAUUUGGCUGGGGUUGAGGAAGGCCCUGAUAUCGACACCUUAUUGAUCUUUGAAGAGGCCGAGAAGCUUCGACAACAGUCACAAGUAGAGUUGGCUCGUUGUGAGGACGAAUUUAGGAAGCUCAUCUCUAAAUUGGGCGAACUUAAGGCCCUUCAUGCCCAAAAGGAGGGGGAGCUAGGUGACCUUCGAGAUCAAUUGGAGAGGAUAUCUCAAGAGCGGGCCGAUCUCGAUGAGAAGGAGCUUAGAGUCAGAGAUACCGAAAUCCUUAGGCUGAAGCAGCGCAAGGAUGAGGUGUCUUCCGAUAAAGAAACUCUUCGAGAGAAGCUGACCUCGGUUGAGUGCCAACUUCAAGGGGCGAGGGGAGAAAGCCUCAAGUACAAAGAUAUCCAUUAUGAAAUAGUUGCUGAGCUAUCUGCAGCUAAGUCCGAGGCUGCUGAGCUCAUGUCCUCAAACAGAAAAGAUGUUGAUGCUGCAAAUGCUCGAGCCAGGAAGAUAUCCGAAGAGGCUGAGCUUAAACUGUCCGAUGCCUUGGAAAAUGCUAGUGAUUCGACUAGCGGCUCGGAGGAUGAUGAAGACGAUGGUGAAGUCCCCGAAGGGGAAGAUGCCAUCGAUGUUCCAAGGGUCAAGGGCCAGGCCGUUGAAGGCACAACUUCCGAG